UAAAAAAAAAAAACAAACUAUAGCAACUAUUUCAAAUAUAAAAAUCAAAAUUUAAAGUAAAAGCCUCUUUCAAUUUGUUCAACUUCAUUCACAUUCAAACCAGAAAGAUCAAAUGCAUCCUCCGGCGCCGGCGACGGCGAACUCAAACGGUGGAACUGCCGCUGGAAAUACACUUAAUCCUGCGUUGAUCAGAACUUAUCGCUCUUGGAAAGGCAAUAACGUAUUUUUUCUUCAAGGGAGGAUUAUAUUUGGACCAGAUGUGAAAUCUAUAUUUUCAACACUGUUUCUUGUGAUUGCUCCUGUUGCUGUUUUUUGUGCUUUUGUUGCUAGAAAAUUGUUGGAUGAUUUUCCUCAUCAUUCUGGAUAUUCAAUUUUGAUUAUAGUUAUUGUUCACACAAUCUUUGUUCUGAUUGCCCUUGUACUGACCUCAGGAAGAGAUCCUGGCAUAGUGCCCCGAAAUUCUUAUCCUCCAGUGCCAGAUGAAUAUGAUGGAAGUGUCAGUAUCAGCAGUGAUCAAAAUCUACCGCCACAGUUACCAAGAUCUAAGGAAGUAAUUAUAAAUGGAAUAGCCGUGAAAGUAAAAUAUUGUGAUACCUGCAUGCUGUAUAGACCUCCUCGCUGCUCUCAUUGUUCAAUAUGUGACAACUGUGUGGAGCGAUUUGAUCAUCACUGCCCAUGGGUGGGUCAGUGUAUUGGACUGCGAAAUUAUCGGUUCUACUACAUGUUUGUUUUCUCUGCAACCCUUCUUUGCCUAUAUAUUCAUGGCUUUUGCUGGGUCUACAUCAAGAGGAUCCAAAAUUCAGAAGAUAUAUCAAUUUGGAAAGCAAUGAUCAAAACCCCUGCUUCCAUUGCACUAAUAAUAUACAGCUUCUUUUGUGUCUGGUUUGUUGGAGGACUCACUGUUUUUCAUACAUAUCUAAUCAGCACAAACCAGUCUACUUAUGAAAAUUUUAGAUACCGUUAUGACCGACAAGUCAACCCUUAUAACAAAGGGGUAGUUGAGAAUUUCAAAGAAAUAUUCUUCUCGUCCAUUCCUCCAUCCAAAAACAAUUUCAGGUCUAAGGUUCCAAUUCCUAAAGAAUCGACAGAAUCAUCUAGAAGAAGGGGUGUUGAUACCCUUACGAUGCCAGUUUAUAAUGACGGUGACCAGGUUGAAAAAGAUUAUAAAGGUGAGGAAUAUGGCAAGGGUAGUGAAUUAAGUGAUACAUCUGUGGAUUUAAGCAAUAUGCUUGACACAGAAAGUGGGCAGAGACAAGUUGCUUCCUUUCUAAGGCAGUCCUUGUGGGAAAGAAGCAGCAGAAAGUGGGAAGUAACUCCGGAAGUUCUUGACGAGAUACAUGAAGAUGGGGAGUCAAAGCAGAUCCCCGGUGAUAGUAGUAAAGAGCCUGGUGACAAUCUAUAAUUUCAGAAAAAUUCAAAUAUGUAAAUUAAGAUUACAAGAAAAAUAUUGUUGGGGGACAGAGUAUGUUAGGUUGGGACUUGAUAGGGAAGUAGUGUUUGUGUUUCAUUGUAUUGGUUAAAAAAAUGUCAUUGGAUCUUGCUCAUUGAUUGCUGAGUAGUUUUUUUAUUGGAAUUACUGUGUGAUAUAGUUUUUUUAAAAGUGGCACUUGUGUAAAGAUGAAGAUGAUAGAAAUUGUGAAAAGCGAUUCUUCCAAUAUGUUCA